AUGCUCUCUCGCACUGUGCGCGCUCUCCGCGCCAGCGCUACUCAAUUCAAUGCACGUCCAUUCCUUGCUGCCAGUAGCUUUCACUCGUCUCGUACCAUUGGCAGCAGUUUCGUACAGCACCGUGAUACCGAGGACAACAACCCCGAUACACCAUUUGACUUUACACCCGAGAAUUAUGAGCGGGUGCAUGCAAUUCUGGACCGAUAUCCAGAGAACUACAAGACGUCGGCUAUUAUUCCACUACUGGAUUUGGCACAGCGUCAGCACGGUGGUUGGCUACCACUUGCUGCUAUGAAUAAAGUGGCACGUAUUGUGGACGCGAAACCCAUUCAAGUUUACGAAGUGGCUACAUUUUACACUAUGUUUAACCGUGAAAAAGUGGGCAAGUACUUUAUUCAGUUGUGUGGCACGACACCCUGUAUGAUCUGUGGCUCGGAGGAGAUUAAGAAGACUAUUGAGGACCAUUUGGGCAUCAAGGAAGGAGAUUCGACGGAGGAUGGCAAGUUUACACUGCGGGAGGUCGAGUGCCUCGGUGCGUGCGCUAACGCUCCUAUGGUGCAGAUUAAUGACGAUUUCUACGAAAACUUGACUCCUGAGACGACACGUGAGCUGUUAGACGCUUGCAAAAAGGAUAUGCCACCUCCGAUGAACAAGUGGUGCAGCUUGCCCAUGAAUGGACAGCUGUCGUGUGAAGGCCCACAAGGCAAGACCACGCUGAAGUGGGACAAGGUGCCCGGACCGGGAUUCCGGAUGCGUCCGGACGAUGAGCUCAAGCCAAAGGUGAACCCCAAGGACAUCAAAGACGCCAUGUUGUAUUAG